CAGCUGGCUUUCUUCCACGUGCGCGGGGACGACAAACCGGCUGUGCUGCUCCACCUGCUCCGGAGCGUGGUAAAGCCCCAGGACCAGACGGUCGUCUUCGUGGCCACCAAGCACCACACAGAGUAUCUCAAGGAGCUGCUGACGGCCCAGGGCAUCCGCUGCACACACGUCUACAGCUCGCUGGACCAGACCGCCCGCAAGAUCAACAUCGCCAAGUUUGCCCAGGGCAAGUGCCCAGUGCUGCUGGUCACCGACGUGGCCGCCCGCGGGCUCGACAUCCCCAUGCUGGACAACGUCAUCAACUACAGCUUCCCCGCGAAGGCCAAGCUGUUCCUGCAUCGCGUCGGUCGUGUGGCCCGAGCUGGCCGGAGCGGCACUGCCUACUCGCUGGUGGCUCCCGAUGAGAUGCCCUACGUCUUUGACCUCCACCUCUUCCUGGGGCGACCGCUUGUCCUCGCCGGUGCCCAGGAGAUGCCCACCGAUGCCGGUGGGGUGUUGGGCCGCGUCCCGCAGAGCCUCGUGGACGAUGAAGAGUGCCUGCUGCUGACGGAUCACGAGGGCUCGCUGGAGCUGCGGAGCCUGCGCCGCGUCGCCGACAAUGCCCAGAAGCAGUACCUACGCUCCCGACCCGGCCCCUCGCCCGAGUCCAUCAAGAGGGCGAAGGACCUGGAUGUGUCCCAGCUGGGCAUCCACCCGCUCUUCAGCGCUCGCUUUGAAGACACCGAGCUGGAGAGGCUGAAGUUCGUGGACAGCAUUAAGACCUACAAGUCCAAGGCGACCAUCUUCGAGAUCAACGCCACGUCCCGGACACUGGCCAGCACUGUGAUGCAGUCGAAGCGGCGCCGUGACCAUGCCCUCAUCGAGAAGUACCAGCGUGGGCAGCAGGAGAAGCGGGCAGCGGCUCUCAAAGGGCAGGGGCUCUGCUCUGCCCCCCCCGGGCCCCAGGAGGGAGAAGAAGAGGAGGAGGAAAACCUCCAGGGUGACGAAAACCACAACCUCAACAAGAGCAAGCAACUGCUGAAGUGGGACCGCAAGAAGAAGCGGUUCGUGGGGCAGACGGGCCAGGAGGACAAGAAGAAGGUGCGGACAGAGAGCGGGCGCUACAUCAGCAGCUCCUACAAGAACAACCUGUAUCCUGCCUGGUCCAGGCAGCCCCCCGCCCAGGGCAAGGUGCGCUCGGAGCUGAAGAACAAGCAGCAGAUCCUGAAGCAGCGCAAGAAGGCGGCCAAGCAGCGCUUCCUGCAGAGCGGGGGGCUCAAGCGCCUUAAGGCCAGGAACCGGCGGCGGGUGCAGGAGCUGCGGCAGAUGGCCUUCGGGCGCAGGGUGGGGGCCGCCAAGAAGGGCAAGCUGCGGAAGAAGGUGUAG